CAGCUUCUGACGGCAGUAGUGUGUGCUCAUGUGUGUCGAUGUGUGUUUGUAAACGUAUGUAGCUGAGGGUGACGGCUUGUGGAUAUGCGGGGCUAUGAGGUGUGGCUGCCGGCGGGUGUGUGGUUGUUGAUUGGUCGCUUGGCGUUUUCCAUGGAAAUGAAAAACGACGCUCCUCCCACUUCCUUAUACAGAGUAUCGGGGACAAAUGGGUACGAGUUCGAGUACAAAGUGGUGGACUCCAAGGCCGCGUGGGUUCACAGCCGGGAUGAGUGGAGCGACGGGCAAUCAACCAGAGGAUCCUAUACCGUGAAACUCCCCGACGGACGGAUCCAAAAAGUCACUUUCACAGCUGAUGAAAAUGGCUAUCACCCUAUCAUCACCUACGAGCAUGCUGACGAGGAUGGCGAUGGAGGAGGAGGUGGAGGAGGAGGGGUUGGAGCUAUACCUGACUGGAUUGGUGCAAGUCGAGGAAACUGGUAUACUGCACCUCAUACCCAUGGAGUUUCUAGUGAUUUAAGAAAUAUUGGGCAUCCUGAGAAAGAAUUAAAAGGAUCAGGAGAAGGCGUUACCUUUCAGCCUCAUUUCCACGACCCCUGGGGACCCAGGCCACUUCCUCACCACCUCUACGGCCCACUACGACUUAAUGAACAGGAUAUUUCGCUCUACGAUCUACCUUAUCUAUAUGAGUAUCACUACCAACCACCACCGCCUUUACUGCCACCACCUCCGCCGCCAUCUCCACGUCGUGAGUCCCACUCUCACCUGUACAAAGCUCCGAUGUCGGAAGAAUCAUCUGAAGAGGGAGGUGAUGAUUAUGGAGUGUCUUUAUAUUCGAAAAUGAAGAGAUUUGAACCGAAAUCUGCAAUUAACAUGAGAGAGAAACCUAAAACGUACUUAGCUGACGGAAGAAAAGACCUCGACGAAGCACAAUCAAUGGACUCUGACGAGCAAUCUUACGAAAAGAAAACAAGUGACACUCGGCGGUUAGUAAAUAACCACAAAAAAGAAAAAAUCAAAUAUGAUUCAGGUGAUGAAGUAGAAGAAUCGAGUGAACACAUGAUGGAAAAGUCGGAUGGAUAUGAUAUGAAAAAAGAUUUGGAUGACGAUAAGAUGAAAUACGAGCAAUCAGAAGAAGUGGAAAUGGACAGAAAGAUGGAGAAGACAGAUACAAGAGAAUACGGAAAGUUUCACACCAUGAGCGCACAGCAUAAGGACAUGGACGAGUACUUAAGGAAGAUAAAGAGAGUGAUAGCGAGGUUUGAGAAGCCCAGACCACCGUCCCACCACCACCACCACGACAACCACCAUGCACUUUAUCGUCAAGAUACAACUAGAAUGGUUACUCCGAGAAAGUGGAUACCAAAGAAAGCUAGCGUGGCGGAUCCCUCUGAACACGAUAGUAGUGAUUUAGAGGGGAGACCCCGGCAAAUUGAUGUGAAAAUGACGCCGCCUGAUAAACCGUUCGACAAACCUAGCAAAAUGGAUGUGAAAAUGACGCCGCCAGAUAAACCGUUCUUCAAACCUAGCAAAAUGGAUGUGAAAAUGACGCCCCCAGAUAAACCGUUCUUCAAACCUAGCAAAAUGGAUGUGAAAAUGACGCCGCCAGAUAAACCGUUCAACACACAGAACAGAAUGGAAUUUAGAAUGACGCCACAGAACAAACCAUCCCUUAAACCAGUUGUCAAAGUGCUCCAUAACCCUUCCAAAAUGAGAGUUACGAUGACGCCGCCAGACAAGCCAUUUUACAUACAAAAGCAUCGCCCUCCAUCACCACCUCCUUCAACACCACCACCUCCACCUCGUCCACCUCCUCCUCCUACAACCACUCUUAUACGUAAACAUUCUCUCCAAACGAAGCAUCAAAAAGGACUUAGGGAUUUUAUUUUGAGCACUUCCGCACCGAUGUUACAUGCUCCUCCCCCUACUACUCCGCGACACAUCAUCCCCUCCAGUCUUGCCCAUCACCGCUCUCGUCUCCUCGCUCACUCCUAACCCUGCCUCACCCUUUUUCUUCUCCCUUUCCUCUGUUUUUCCUUUACUUUCCACGUGAGGCGAUGAGAAGUUAAUUUGUAGGAAUGAAUUAUAUGUAGAAUUCUAUACAUAUGUAUUGAUGUUAGUCAUAUAUUAGUUGAUGAAUUUAAUUUUUUGGCAAUAUAUUUACUGAUCAAUUCAUUCAUAGAUUUAUUUAUUUAUUUUAAAUAAUUAACUUAUUUAUUUCUGCAUGUAUGUAUCUACACUAAGAAGCUUUUAUUUAUUUAUUUAUUUAUUUAUUUCUGCAUGUAUGUAUCUACACCAAGAAGCUUUUAUUUAUUUAUUUAUUUAUUUAUUUAUUAGGUGCUGCCUGUAGUGCCGGUAGGCUUUCUCGAUGCAUACAGAAUAACAUGUCUUUUUCGCCUUUAGAAAGUGGGCAAAAUGCCAUUUUAUUAAACUAUGAACGUCAAGCGAAAACAAAAUUAAAAAGAUA